CGUUUUAUUUUGACUGUCAAAAUAUGCGUUUCAGAGUUUCCUUCUGUCACCAACUUCACUUCGACGUUCUUUCGAAGUAAAUUUGCCAAAAUGCCUCCGAAAAAGGACACCAAGGGAGCGGCGAAACAACCGCAGAAGACCCAAAAGAAGAAGGAAGGGUCUUCGGGUGGUAAGGCCAAGAAAAAGAAGUGGUCCAAAGGAAAGGUUCGUGACAAGUUGAACAAUCAAGUUUUGUUUGAUAAGGCCACCUAUGAAAAGCUGUACAAAGAAGUUCCCGCAUACAAAUUGAUUACACCGUCGGUUGUUUCGGAACGUCUGAAGAUUCGCGGUUCAUUGGCCAAGCGCGGUCUAAGAGAGCUGUGUGUCAAGGGACUGAUCAAGCAGGUUGUUCACCAUCACGCUCAGGUUAUCUACACUCGGACAACCAAGGGAGAUGAUCCAGUUGCGUAGAUUAAUGGUGUGCUAAGUCUCAACAAGAUUUUGUGAACAAGGAUGCAAAAACAAGUUUAUCUUCAUGUGCAGAGCAUUCUGUCCGGCUGCGAAAAAUAAUCCUGCUUAGCUUAAAACAGAAUGCAUUGAAAGGAAUAAUAUACUUAUAUAUAAGUAAAAA